UUGUAGGAGACUGGUAUAUUUUAUGGUAUAGUAAUUCUCUAUAUCGACCAUUUAUUUGUUAAGAAAGAUUUUUAUCAAGAGAAAACGAUACUCUAAAAAUCUAAACGAUUGAUGAUGAUAUUAUGUAAUCGGUGUGAAGACACGAGGGAACGAACAAGACAAGGUCGUUGGGGAUGUCAAGACAAGCAGCAAGGUGCUGAAUCCUCCAAUGCCAGAAAUGGCUGGCCUAUCAGGGCCAUCAGACAGCACAGAGCAGGACUGGGACAGAAAGAGUCCUGACUCAUCAGUGGGGGUAUCCAUGACCUUUCAGAAGAAGGACAAGACUUGUCUGGUGUGUGGGGACAAGGCAUUGGGAUACAACUUCAAUGCUGUCUCCUGUGAGUCCUGCAAGGCUUUCUUCAGAAGGAAUGCACACAAGGUAAUUCGUGGGAGGUGUGAAGGAAGAUGUGACAUCACAAUAGAAUCACGAUCUUUCUGCAAAAAGUGUCGUCUGGCAAAAUGCUUCACAGCUGGUAUGAGGAAAGACAUGAUACUGAAUGAUGAGCAGAAACAAGUAAGGAAACAGAAAAUUAUCAUCAACAAGUUACGGAAACAUGGCCAACUUCCACCAGAGGAUACCUACGCUGCUACUCAGCAGGAUGUCAGCGACACUCUACAAGAUCAGUUCCGUUCACAGACACUCCACAAUUUACGGAUGUCUUUCCCGAACUUGUCGGACAAAGAGCUGGAUGUUCUGAUGAAAAUGAAAAGUGAGCCCUUCAAUGCUAGUAGGUUCCCUUCAGCUGACAUCAAAUAUCCAAGCUGGAGUGAAUCGCAAGAGAUUGUGGCUGAAACCAUAGCAAGCUUACCCGAGAUUGACCAGUGCAUUCUUAAUGAGUUAAGGAUAGCUCAUGAACAGAGUUCAUUCUUGGCAAACACUUCAACAUCAUUAAAAGCUCCACCAUCGAAUGCUACGGAGUUUGUGAACUUAGCGGAAGGUUUUGUGAGAAGGAUAAUUAAAGUGGCGAAGAACAUUGAAUUCUUCAAAAUGAUUUGUAAGGAGGACCAAAUUGCUUUACUAAAAGGCUCAGUAGUGGAGAUUAUGAUGCUACGAUCAGCAAUAAACUAUGAUGUUCAAACAGAAUCUUGGAGUUUUAGCACUAUGAAGUGUUUGUCUAAAAGUCCUGGCCCCUCAUCGAGUUCUGAUUCAGGGUCAGGAUCACAGAUGAGCGGAGCUUCUCCUUCCACAGAAUUACAGGCUGAACCAUUAUCCCAAAAAAUGGGCAUGGGAAUGGGAGCAUUUCCUGGAAUGGGACAAAUGGGAGGACUAGGCAAAGAAGAGGAUUUGAUGAAACUGCGGGAGAUGAUGGGUGCUCGCAUGAAAGAGGAGGGAGGGGGGAUCAGUGGUGUUGGAACAGUCAGUGCAGAUAUUCUCAAAAUGGGAGGAUCAGAAACUCACAAUAUGUUCUUGACUUAUUCUAAAUUCAUCAAGUCCCUGAUGAGGACAAUUCAUGGGGAUUUAUUGGCAUUAAAGCUUCUGAUCAUGCUGUCUUUGUUUUCAGCAGACCGACAAGGUGUUCUUGAACAUGACAAAAUUCAACAGAUCCAAGAGUGUUAUGCUGGAAUUCUACAAAAAUAUGUUCAGAGGAGAUUUCCAGAGGACAAAAUCAUGUUUGCCAAAAUUGUUAUGAAACUGACCGAUCUUCGAAAUAUUAAUGAAGUGCAUACGAAAAUGUUGCUCAAAAUGAAAGUGGACAGUAUAGAACCUUUGUUGAUAGAAAUAUUUGAUUUGCCAAAUGAGUGAAUGUUACAAGCUUAUUUCAUUACAUUCAGAGUUCAUUAUAUCACCAAUUGCUCAAUCAUCUGAAUAUUUUAUAACAUCAUAUUGAUUGUAAUACUAAAUUGAAGCUUCAUCUUCACUUGUUUUCAAAUUGUAAAUAUGGCUGUUUGAUAGUUCAUUCCUUCCAGUGCAUUGUUCAGACAAUGCAUGAAGAAUUUUCAAGCAUGAAAAAGAGCCACAUAAUAUUGCAAUUUAUCAAGCAAUUAAUUACUUUUAUGAAAAGAAUUUGCAAAUGAGUUCUUGAAUUUCGAACUCAUGUUAAAUGUUUUAGAUACUGUAUUUAAGUAGAGUAGGAUUCAUAACUCAAUCACAUUGUCAAAACGCAAAAUAAGCAUGAAACAAAUGUUACAUAUUACAUUGUGUUAGCUGGGGGUUAAGUAAACUAAGUAAAGCUAAUUAUUACUAAAAUGAAAUGGUAAAAUGAUGGUUUGUUAAAAUGACUAUACGUUUUUUAUUGAACACUGAAAAAUAAAUUAAAAGUAAGAACCCAAGCAAAUACCAAGUGUAAAAUGUGUAACAAAAGGAUGUCAUCUUGUUUUAUUGAUGAAUUUUUACAAUUACCAUUUUUCCAAAGUGUUUGAUUCCUGAAUGUAGAGUACCGGUAAUUUACAGCUGUGUCUAUUGUAGAUUGUUGUGAUUUGUACUAAAAUGAAUGCCAGAUCAGAAUUAAGUUUUAUCAGUGAAUGCUAACAUAAUUUUCCUGGUAAAAUAAACUGUGAAGCAUUAUUAAUUUUUGUUUAAAUACCUUUAUACAUGUAUUGUAUUUUCAGUCCCUAAAGAACAUUUUGCAAAGUGUUAACAUAUGAUUACUUAAUUUUCUCAAACCUCUGUUAGAAAUUUUAUAUCAGACCAAGAUAUUUAUCACUUUUUAUGAAAUCCGUUGCUAGUUACUAAUUUUGCCUCAUUUUUUUGCUCCAAAACCUAAAUUUUGAAAGGUCAAAGACCUUAGCCUAGAUACAUAUAUAGAAGGCAAACUAUUUUCAAAAGAAAUGUCUUUAUUUCUUGACACAUAGGGAAAAAAUUAUCAUAGGGUAUGUAAGUUUUUAACUUUAAUGCUGAAUUCUUUUUCUUUAUUUUGUAAACAUGUUUUCUUGUUUAAUGUUGUACUUGUUAAUUGUUGUUACAAGAAUUUUGUUUUUACUUGCUUUUUUCAAUAUUUUCGACUGUUAACUGACAACUAACACAUGUGAAUAGUGCUUCAUAACCUUAACUCUGUACAACAGGAUUUCAAAUUGUUAGGACUCCUUAGAAUUGAAAACAGUACUUCUGUCCUAAACCUACCAGCCAAAAACUUGUCCAAGUUGACAAAUGGCAAAAUUUGAACAUCUCUUGACUCUUCACUCAUGCUUGUACAUAAUUUUCUAAAUGUAAGAAGAUCAAGAAACCUUGUUCAACUGUUAUCAUUCAAUGCGUUUUAGAUUUUUUUCACAACUUUGAUGAAUCUUUUUUUUCUGGUGUUGUUUGACUUGUUAAAAUGUUUCUUCUACUCCUGACCGGUGGUAAUUUGUCCCAGUGCUAUAGGAGCUUUACUUUUUGCUUUUCUGCUUUCAACAAUGAAGAUGUGACAACACACAUACCAUGUGAUUUAUUGAUCGUGUUAAUGGAUAAUUCAGUGUACAAAGUUCAUGAAGUGUUAUUUCUCUUCGUGUGAUAAUCGUAAAUAUUCCAUGUGGCAACAAAAGAUUUCUGAUGUGAGGAUUUUCAAUAGUGUAGGUUCUUUCACACUUUUCAUGAAAAAUCUGCUAGAAUACAGUCUUACUUACCUGGUUGAUAUUGUCACUGUAAAGAAUUUGUUAAAAUUCUGAGUGCAAAAAGGUUAUUUGUAUUUUUAUUUAAAGAAACAGAGAUUUAGAAUAGAGGGAAAUGACUUUUUUUUUCAGCAUAAAGAAUCUUCGAAAGUAAAAAGUUACAUAUUUAUCCUUUUAGCAUCAGUAUAUUAACAGCUGUAUGAAUGAGUGCAUGACCUUUAAAAAAAAAUUUAAGAAAAGACUGGUAAAUACAAUAUUUUCCUUACCACUGUUAGUUAGCAACAAAAUGGCUGUAAAUGGUUGUAGUGGUAAUCUAUACAUGUACAUCCCAUGAGAAUUUUUAUACUUGUCGAUUGUUCAUCAUUUCCAUUCCGCUUACGUUUGUUUUAAAGCGAUGUUUUUUUUUUUAUAUAUAAAGAAAGUGAAUUAAUUUUUGACAAACUGCUGUGAGAUUUCAAUGACUCAGGACAUUACAAAGGGCAAGGGCAUUGUAUCAAUAGAACUUCCCAUUAGUUCACAUAUACCUGUACCAUGAAAAUUAGGAACAAGUCAUUUAUAGAUUCAGAUUUCUAUGCUGUCAUUACUAGCCACUUGUCUACCUUGCCAGGAUUUUUCUUGAGACUUUAAAUCCAAUAACUUCACAAUUUUUAGUUUCCUUUUUAUUAUCAAGUUCUCAGUCUGUCUUUGAAUUUCUUUAAAAAUGCUAGUACACACUCUGAAAAUUGUAUUCUAAUUUCAGUUAAACCUGACAUUGGGGCCAUAAAACUUAAAGAAGCUCACUUUUGAUUGCAGUCUCACUUUUACAAAGGGAAUUAAUAGUGGAAAAGUGAGACUGAGAUCAAAAGUGAGCUUUUCUAAGUUUUAUGGCCUCAGAGCCUGGGGCCCCUUUUACAAAACAACUUACGACUAAGACCAAAAAUUUCAGAUUGUUGUAAUAUUUUGCAAAAUUAAUAUUUCUCUUUCAAAUCGUUUGUGUAGAAAUAUCAUACUACAUUCCUUUUAAAAAGUUUAAAGUAAUUUUCGAUAAAAUGUUUAUUAAAAAUUUAUACGAAGAAUUAGAUUUGGUCUUAAGUCGUAAGUCCUUUUGUAAAACGGGCCCCUGAUAUUCCCUUAACUUACUUAGUUUUGAAUUUGGUGUUAAUUCCAAAGAACAGUUUUAAUUUGGUCUCAGCAAGAUAAUUGGUGAAAUUUCACCAGGAUGCCUCCUACAUAAUUACAUAGUCUUACUUCAGUUAAAGACCUAGAGUUCCUGUAUAUUGGUUUUUGAUUUCAAUGAAUGAUGUUACAAAUUGGAUCCAUUCAAAUUGUUCUUUUCUUUCGAAAAGUCAAAUGAGGAUCUUACGAUCAUUGUAAAUUAUGAACAAAAUUAAAGAUGGAAGAUGUAUAGUAUCAGUAGGGACUUUUGGUUUAUAUCUUUAAAAUAACAUUGUUUCAGCAAUGCAGACAAUGAAAUAGAAAAGGCAGGGUACUGCUGGCAUUUUAGAAAAGGUUUAAGAAAUCUGUCUCUUUUAUGGUCUAUUAUGUACAUGUUGAUCAAAAGCAUGGACAAGAACACCAUACUGAUAUUAUUUUGUACCUUUAAUAUAGGAUAAUGAUAGAAAUAUUGAGAAUCCUUUUUUUAAAUCAAGGAAAUUAGCUUGAGUGAUUGUAGGAUUAAAUGAUUUUGAAAAUUUUUUAAUAGGAACGAUAUAUAUUUAAAAUCUUGAUAUUAAAUAUUUUGCCAAACUUUAGAUGUAGAUGAAGUUGAUAUAUUUUUCUAAAAAUAAAUCUACUGUAAUUGUAAGCUGUGUGGUUUCAGCUCUUACACAAUUGUCACCAUGUCAUUUUUUUUAUAUAUUGACAUAUUAGGAUUCCAUGAUAUACAGCCACAACUUUUCCAUUUUUUUUUGGCCAGAUUGCAGAGCAAAACUUGUCCAUGGAUACCCAAUGCUCAUUCAUUCAUUUGCUUUAUUCAACUGUUGUUUCACACGUACAACAUUUAAAUUAAACUUUUUUUGAGGUUUUUGCCAAAUUAUCCUCCACAUACUUGAAGGUUUACUAUGUUUACCGUUAAUUGUUACAUGUAGAAACACUCCAUUGGAGUUGGCCUUUCCCUUCCUCUUAAAACUGGUCUAUAAAACAGAUAGUUUUGUUCUGUUAGCCUAGUAAUUUGAUUAUCUUCUUUUAGUAAUUACUUAUACAUGAAUCAGGAUGAGGUUAAUGAAGAAUCUGGGUGAAAUAAACUACAGUAGUAAUUCUCUUCCAAAAUUAAAUGAAGAAGUAGCACAUUCUGAGCUGACAUUGUCAUUGACUUUUGAAAUAAAUCAAUGAAUCAUUCUCCUCUAGGUAAAUUUGUUUGAUUAAUAAAAAUUACUUCACUUAAUUAGAUAAGUCAAGGUGAUCAAUGAUUCCAGUACAUUUCUGAAUUAAUCUUUCUCUGUGGAACUGUAAAAUGAAACCUUUCUUUGGAUACAUGUAAUAGCUACUCUCACUGUCAUGUACACAUAGAUUAAUCUGGAGGAUCUGUAGUCCUUUGAUUCUUAUUUGACUUGAAUUGCUGAAAAAUAAUUAAAAUAAUGAAAAUAAUAAUAUGUGAUUGAUGAGUACAAAUGUAGUAUGUAUUAAAUGUCAUUUUCAUUGUUGACUUUGACCUUUACCCUUGAAACAAAUUUUUUUCAAGGAUUUUUUUUUUCAAGGUGAUGUCUCUUUAUGCUGUCACAACAUUUAUGAGUUUUGGAUACUUUGCAAUCUGGCCCUUCAGUCCUUAAAAUUAGCAAAUUUUUAACUUAGAAUAUGCACUUUUUUGUGUGCAAUUUGCAUUUGAAAAUGUUAUUUUUGAAUUUCUGAUAUGUCCAUUGAGGCCACUUGCUAUUAACAAAUUUUCUUGAAAAGUUGUGAUAAUGGGUACCAAAUCUAUGCUUUAAGAGGUAAAAUGAACAAUGAUUGAAUGAAUAAGCCAAGAAAAUUCAUUUUUUUUUCCCAAAUAAUUUCUUUAUUGUCUAUGAAAGGAUUUUUUUAUAUUUAGAUUUAUAUGGGGUAUGGAAAAGUAAUAAUUGUAAUAACAAAAUCUUUAACUUUUAAUAUUUUAAUACUUCCAGAAAUUGAAAUUUGCCUCUGAUAUACACGUGCAUGGAUACCAAUCCAUGCAUCCGAUUUUUUGUUUGUAGCAAGUGUCCUUAAAUAUAAAAGAAGACAUUGUAAAACCAAGAGCGGUCUACAUCGAGAAGUGCUAUUUCUGUCCAGUAUUCCACAUUGAUACAUGUAGUUGUCUUGUUAUGCUUUGUAGUUUGCCUUCGUUUAAUGUGAUAUGUUAUGUUAUGUAAUAAAUUCUAUCUAUAUUCUGUC